AUGUCUCGGCCAUACGACAAUGCCAAUGUUGAGCAGCUUCAACGCGAUGCAGACGAUUGCCUGCUUACCUACGGAACUUCCUUUCACCCCGAGAUCAUCACGUCUACAGAUGGCAUCUAUGUGGAGACUGCCUCUGGCCACCGAAUGAUGGAUUUCACUUCAGGCCAAAUGAGCACACUAAUCGGGCACGGUCACCCCGAAGUCGUCGAGGUAAUUAGCAGUCAUGCGCAGCAUCUCGACCACGUCUUCAGCGGCAUGAUCAGCCCUCCUGUCAUCAGUCUGGCGAAACGCCUAACGGGCGUCGCACCAGCUGGCCUCGACAAAGCCUUUUUCCUGAGCACCGGCGGCGAGAGCAACGAAGCUGCAAUCCGCCUGGCAAAAUUCUUCACUGGGAAAUUCGAAAUCGUCGGCCUGGCUGCUUCCUGGCAUGGCAUGACGGGCGCGUCUCUCGGUGCCCAGUAUCAUGCUGGUCGCUCGGGCUACGGCCCCAACAUGAUUGGCAACCUGGCUCUGCCCACACCCAAUGCCUACCGCUCGAUAUUCCGGAAGGCGGAUGGGACGUAUGACUGGGAGACGGAGCUCAACUAUGGCUUCGACCUGCUGGACAAGCAGUCCUGCGGGUCUCUCGCAGCCGUGAUUAUCGAGCCCAUUCUUUCGAGCGGCGGCAUGCUAGAGCUUCCGGCGGGCUAUCUGAAAGCGCUCAAAGAGCACUGUGAGAAAAGGCACAUGUUGCUGAUUAUCGAUGAGGCGCAGACGGGACUGGGCCGCGCAGGCGACAUGUUUGCCUUCACGCACCACGCCCAAGACAAGGGCGUCGUUCCCGACAUCCUGACGCUCAGCAAGACGCUCGGAAAUGGCAUCCCGCUCAGCGCUGUCUUGACUUCGAAUAAGAUUGCCAAGCAUGCAAAAGACAACGCCUUCUUGUUCUACACCACACACAUCAACGACCCCCUCCCCGCUGCCGUCGGCGACAAAGUCCUCGAAAUCGUCGUUAGAGACAAUCUCUGCGCUCGCUCCAAGCGUCUCGGCAUCAAGCUGCAAGCAGGACUGCGGCGCCUCCAGUCUCGCUACGGCUGCAUCGGCGACGUACGCGGCCGCGGCCUCAUGGCCGGCGUGGAGAUUGUCAGCGACAGAAGGACCAAAGCCGGGGCUCCGGAAGUCGGUGCAGCCGUGGCACGCAGAAUGGAGGAAAUGGGGCUGUGGGCCCAGCUGGCGACUAUGGCCUCGUUUGGCGGCGUGUUUCGAAUCGCUCCUCCCAUUACCGUUACAGAGGAGCAACUUGAUCGUGCGCUGGAGAUUCUCGAGGACGCGUUGAGAUUGACGCCGGGAACCAUGCCGUUGUAUAAUGACCCCGUCUGA